AUGGCUACGAUCGAACCGCUUGAAGUGAUCCAGUGGAACGAAAAGCAUCUCUCUGCAGCCAAACACGAUCUUUUGUCCUCGGCCGCCUCCAAUAUCUCCCUGUCUGAGCUUCUUGACAUUUCAGAGGAUAGAAAGCAAUCUGAAAAGGCCUUGUCACUGAGCGAACUAAAGCUCAAAGAGAAUGAUUCGGGCUUGGGGAAUGUUGAACUGCGGAACAAUCUAGCCGCCCUGUACUCUGCCCGCUCUGGAGGAGUGACUGAAAAUGACAUUAUUAUAACCAAUGGAAGUGCCGCUGCAGAUUAUACAGUAUUUUCGGCGCUGUUAGGCCCUGGGGAUCAUGUCAUCUGCCAACACCCGGUUGAUGAGCUGCUCUACAAAAUACCUGCCUCUCUGCGCGCGAACGUUACUUGGUGGAACGCAGACCCAGUGAAAAAGUGGGAGCUUGAUAUUGAGGAGCUCAAGACAUUGAUCAGGGACGAGACGAAAUUGAUUGCGAUCCAAAACCCCUGUGACCCCACGGGCGCCAUAGUGUCCAGACCCAUUCUCGAAGCCCUCGUCGAAGUGGCAGAAGAAAAAGGAAUAACUAUUCUGGCGGACGAGACCUACAGGCCUCUUUUCCACUCGAUACUGCCCUCAGAUGAUGAUUUUCCACCCUCCACCAUCAACCUGGGCUACAAGAAAGUCGUGGUGACAGGUGCAGUAAGUAAAGCGUACGGUUUGGCCGGGACGAGAACCGGAUGGAUUGCCACCAAGGAUAGGACCAUUCUCGAUACCUGCAGGAAAUUUAGGCGUCUCCAGUCCACAAUUGCGUCGACACUAGACGAGGUCGUCGCUGCGGAGGCUGUGAGUGACAGGUGCAUUCACGCAUUAUUAGCCAGAAACAUCAAGUUGUGCCAAACAAACCUGAACCUGCUGCAAGGGUUUGUUGAGGAGCAUAGCUGGUCAUGUUCUUGGGUCAAACCACGAGCUGGAACAACAGCUAUGCUCAAGUUCCACAAGAUGGGGAAGCCCAUCGACGGGAUCUCUUCGUCUAAAACAGCGAGCACUGCCUGGGAAAAACUACGCCAGACCGACAUCAGUUCCUUGUCGACUGCGCCUGAUGAUGGCCAGAGCCGAGUGGAGCUGUAUGGCUACAUUACUUCGCAUAGACCGGGCAGGGGUUUCGACUUCAUUCAGCUCGUCGAUCCACGUUUAGAGCUUGCUGUGCAAGUCAUUUUCCCCCAUUCAGUCUCUGCUGCGAAAGUUGCCGCAAGUCCACCGUUGAGAGAUGAGACAGAUGCUGAGGAGCCGGGCGCCAAGAGAAAGUCGAGCGACAAAGAUUCUUCUGAAGAGCAGCCGAGCAUCUUCAGAGCUGCUCGUCCUCAUACCCCCAUUCGGAUCUCCGGAACGAUCGUGAGACGAUUGACGCCGCCGAAAAAAGACCAGCAACAAGCUGCAUCAGAAAAGUACGAUACGACACAGCGUGGAAAGCCAACUAAUACCAUUCGAACGCUGGACCCGUAUGUUGGGGACAUCGACCUGAUAUCUCACGUCGAAAUCAGAGCAGAUUCCUACAAAUUUCUCAAUGGAGUUCCAUCCGACCUGACUGCGAAGUGCGACACAGUGUUUCCGCCAGAGUCACGACAUCUUCAGUUCAGAACCGACUCGGACCUUCGUCGCCGCAUCCGAUUACGUUCACGACUAGCAGGCAAGAUCCGAGAACAUAUGCUGCGCAAUGAUUUCGACGAGAUUGAGACGCCUUUGUUGUUCAAGUCAACCCCGGAAGGUGCUCGAGAGUUCAUAGUCCCCACAAGGAAAAGGGGACUGGCAUAUGCAUUGCCUCAAAGCCCGCAACAAUAUAAGCAGGUCCUCAUGGCUUCGGGAAUUUGGAGAUACUUCCAAUUCGCCAAAUGUUUUCGAGACGAGGAUCUCCGAGCCGACAGGCAGCCCGAGUUCACCCAGCUUGAUCUCGAGAUGGCAUUUGCCAGUAGUGCUGAUGUUAUGGCGGCCGUAGAAGACCUACUCAUCCACGCGGUCUGGCCUAAUGUGCCUGACAUUGCGCCUUUGCAAACGUCGUCGCUAACGACGUCUUUCGAGGCCAAAUCGGCUGAUCCGGAAUAUCAAAACCUGGCUUUUCCACAGAUGACAUAUGACACUGCAAUGACCCGAUUUGGUUCGGAUAAGCCUGACACGCGGCUUGAGUCAGCGAUUCGCCGAGUGGAUCAAUGGCUCCCGUCCAAUAUGAAGGGCAUGGUCACGUCGCUUGACGAUCCUAUCAUGGAGAUGGUGAAAAUCAACAUGCAAGGAUGUGGACCGGCUGACAGCCAGAAGUUCGUCACAGCAUUCUUGGAAGCAUCGCCGACAGCGAGAUAUACGAAUGACAGCGCACGAAUCCCCGGCGUGGCAGUCUUCGAUCCUCUAAAGCCGCUCCAUGGCUUGGCGAGCUUUGGCCACGAAGGUGCAGCGAAGGUGGAAGAAGAAUUCGAGCCCGAACCGGGUGACAUCCUGAUCCUCUACAGCCGCGACGAUAAACCAUUUACUGGUGGGUCUACCGUUCUAGGGGAUCUACGUCGAGAUAUCUAUCAAUACGCCAUAUCGGAGGGUCUAAUUCCCGCGCCGUCCGGAUUUUGUGCCUUGUGGAUAACAGAUUUCCCUCUGUUCUCGCCAACAGAAGAGUCUGAACCAGGACAGGGCGGAUCUGCAGGUAUCUGCUCCACGCAUCAUCCGUUCACGGCUCCCAAGCAAGGUCAGGAUUUGUCGGUGUCCAUGUUCAAGAAGAAUCCAUUGUCCAUUAUUGGAGACCACUAUGACCUCGUCAUUAACGGGGUUGAAGUCGGCGGCGGCUCGUGUCGUAUACACCGCGAGUUUAUGCAAGAAUUUAUCUUCAGAGAGGUCCUGAAGAUGGAUCCGGAGCGCGUCAAGCAUUUCGGACACCUGCUCAGGGCGUUACGUUCUGGCUGUCCGCCGCACGCUGGAUUUGCCCUGGGAUUCGACCGUUUGAUGGUGAUUUUGACGAAUAGUGCGAGUGUACGAGAUGUGAUUGCGUUUCCAAAGUACGCAGAUGGUGAAGAUAAGUUUGCCGGUGCACCUUCGCCGAUAACCCGCGAUCAGCUGGCCACCUAUCAUCUCGUCGCCGCCGACGACAGGGUGCCGGCUUCUGGAUCGUCUGCCAAAGUAUCACGCAAAGCGUAG